AUGAAAAGGUUCAUCUCCACCACUCCAACAUGUUUUGGAUUUCACGUGUUGAAAUCUACAACCGCUCCACGCAACGGUUUGGGAUCUUCUCUCAUGAAAGAUGCCAAGGAUCAUUCCUUCUCUACACAGAUUGGUCAUCAUUCGAACCGUAUGACAAUGGUAGCAUGCUCAUUGCAAACACCACCACCAUCAUCCACUCACUACUAUUCUUCAUUAGCGAACUUUACCAACUCUCUUGAAAGUCUCUAUCCCUCCGAAUGGUUGGAAUCCUUCCAUACGUAUAACAAGUUGAAUGCCAAGUUCCGUGUUGCCAUUACCAAUACCUGUAACAUGAAUUGUUUCUUUUGUCAUAACGAAGGAAUGAAGAAUCCUCGAUCACCUGGAGAUCCAAUUCCAUUAAAAAAACAAGGACCUGAACCAUUUCCCAUUCAGGAAAUCAUUCGUUUAUGUAACGAUUUUUGUGAUUUGGGUGGAACUCAAUUGAAUAUUACAGGUGGUGAACCAUUGGCACGUAAAGACAUUGUGAGUGUUCUCAAGAGUAUUAAUAAGCAAAAUACGCGUGUCGUGUUGAAUUCAAAUGUAUUAUUGGCUGAUCGAUUGUUGAAAGAGAGUGAAAAAAUUGAACAAGUCGAUGCCAUCUAUGCUUCACUUCAUACCACACGUGAAACUGAUUUUAAAAAGUAUUUAGGAAUUGGAGGUGGUGCUUCUCAAGUCAUGAGAAAUAUGAUUCGUUUAAAAGAUCAUGGCUAUCGAGUUCAAAUUAACUACAGUUUGGGAGAAUACAAUAGAAAUGAAUUUGAAAAUGUUCUAAAAUUUGCACUCCCCAAUAAGAUUGAUUUGAAAGUCAUUUCCUUAAUUCGUUCCAAUUUAAAUAAGAAUCAAUAUGGUGAAAUGGAAGAGAUUCAUCAUGUCACAAGUGGUAAAGAAGAAGAUAGAGGUGAGAAUGUUUCUUCAGUGGUUUCAGCUGGAUGGUCCAAUCCUAAAUGGUUAGAAGAUUUAUUGGAAUCGAAUGGAGUGGAAAUUUGUGGAACUCGUGAAGGAUUUGGUGGUCGAGUGAAAAUUUAUAAAACAUCAUCAGAUUCAGAUCAUCGAGUUGAAAUUAAGAAUAUUGGACGUGGAAGAUUGAGAACUGACUAUUGUAAUGGAUGUCGAUUCAGUUCUCAAUGUGGAGAAGGUAUUUAUGCAAUGAGAUCAGGUGUCGAUGGAUUAUUCAAACCAUGUGUUCUCAAUAGUGAUAAAUUCAUUCCAAUUCAAAUUGAGAGUGCAUCCAGUGAUUACAAACAUCAAAUUCUCUCAGUCAUUCACACCAUGGUUGGAAAUUGGAAGAAUCAUAAAUUUGUUGAAGGACCACCUCAAUGA